AUGCCUGCUGAUACUCUUUCACUCGCUGGGAAAGUUGCCAUCGUAACCGGUUCCGGUCGCGAAAAUGGCAUUGGUGCUGGAAUCGCCUUCGCUUUGGCCCGUAAUGGCGCGGCUGUGACAAUCAACUACGUCUCCGAGUCGUCGACACAGCGUGCUGAAGCUGUUGCACAGAAAAUUCGAGACCAAGGCGGAAAAGCCACUGUUAUCAGAGCAUCUGUUGAUGAACAAGGCGCAAAGGCUCUAGUCGAGGGUACUCUCGAGGCUUUUGAGACGGACCACGUCGAUAUUCUAGUCAACAACGCUGGUGUCGGACAUAUCGGUUCUACUGUGGACAUAACUCCAGAGCAAAUCAGACACACCUUUGAGGUCAACGUGUACGGUCCUAUGUUCAUGGUCCGUGCAGUCGUUCCACACAUGCCCGCUGGAGGUCGUAUAAUAAACAUCUCAUCCACCGCGGCCAGAAUGCCUUUGGCAGCAUACAAUGUAUAUGGAACUUCCAAGGCCGCUCUUGACUAUUUGACAGCCGUGUGGGCAGGAGAGUUUGGCAAAAGUCGUGGGAUUACUGUCAACUCUGUUGGCCCUGGUCUGGUCGAAACAGAUAUCAUCCCUCAUGAUCCGGAGUUUCGAAAAGUGGCAGUGGACCCAAUGGUAGAUUUAACAAGGGCUGCCCAUCGAGCUAGUACGAUUGAAGAUAUUGGGGAUAGCGUACUUUUGAUUGUAUCAGAAAAGGCACGCUGGAUUACGGCCCAACACGUCUCGGCUAGUGGUGGCAUUACAGCUCUAUGA